AUGAAACCAAGUGAUAAAGAUCAUGCAUCCCAUGAUUUAUCAUCAGAUGAUGAAGUCUCCAAUUGUAAAGUAGAUUUAGAUCCUUCUCUUUCCAUAAUUGAAGAAGAAAAACCAAAAGCCGGAAAUGAAACAAAGCCUGUUCAAGAAAAGCACUCACUAGAAUUCAUUCCAUUAGAUUCCCCAGAUGAUAAAAGUGAUUCAAGUCAAUUAAAUGCAACAUAUGAAUCUAUCGAUAUUAAUAAGAUCUUUUCAAAAGGAGAUACCACGUUUUUCCAAGAUAUUACCAACUCUCCUUCAUUAAAGACAAUUUUGAUUUCAAAAACAGAAGAUAAACUGAAUAUAUUUAAAUCAGUCGAAAAUAAGAAAAUUGAGUUUAUUUUAUCCGUAUUCCAGUAUUUCAGUGAACAAGAUCAAUACGAAAUUUUCAAAUAUUCAAUUCAAACAUCUAAUAUCGAAGUUUUUGAAGCAUUAAUAGCAAAUCCAAUGAAAGACAAACAGAAAGAUCAUAAUGGUAAGCCAUUUAUCCAUUUCGCUUAUGAAACCGGUUCAUCAAAUAUUUUCGAGUUAUUAGUUACGAAAUACAACAUGAUAAACGUGAAAGACAAGAACAGUGAAACAAUAAUGUUCACUGCAAUUCGUGAUCACAACGUUGAAGGAAUUAAAUUUUUAUUAAAUCACGGAGGAAAUAUCACAAAUAUCAACAAUCAGUUCAAAACACCAUUUCAAUAUGCUGUAGAACUUAAAGAAAGUAAAAUUGCUAUACUAAUAAUUAAUUCAGUAAAUCUUGAAACGUUUAACAACGAAUACAUAAGGAAUGCCAUUGUAACAUGCAUUGAACAAAGGAAAAUGGAUAUUAUUAAGGCAUUUCAUGAUGUCAAUUUCAAAUCAUUGGCGUUUAGAGCUUUGAAUUUUCCACUUCUUUGUCAGUUUUUGAUUGAAAAUGAUGAUAAUAAUGCGGAAUUACUUAUUGACCUGGCAAUGACGAUUGAUACUCCUAUGAUGGAUGGUACAACACCAUUGAUACUCGCAGCAAGUAAAGGAAAACUAGAGUUUUGCAAGAAAUUAAUUGAUUUAAGAGUUGAUUUAAAUGUUGAAAACAAAUAUGGAAAUGCUUAUAUCAAUGCUAUUGUUAAUGAAUUUAAUGAACUUGCUUCUUUCUUGUAUCCUUUCUAUUCUGAUAAGAAAUCAGUUGCAAAGUUCCUUGUAACAUGCGCAAUCCAAAAAGAUCUAACAAACUUUGGGAAAUUCUUCAAUGCCGAAUCUUUUGGAAGAACAAUUUCUACUAAAUGCAUGUAUCCAUUCAAAGAACAAUUAUGGUCUGAGUGGAGAAAAUGCAAAGACAACAGAUUCAUUUGUGCAUUGAUAAGUAAAUAUGGAUUCGAAAAUGAUAAUGCAAAUGAAGAUGCAGAAUUCAAGAAAUAUUCUGAAACUGAAAUACAACAAAUGAAUGAAGUUCUUUAUUUAAAGGAUUACUCGGUUUUUUAUCGAUAUGUAACAGAAAAACCAGUUUAUUCUAAUGAUAAACCAAUAUCUGAACAAAUUCCAAAAUUUGAAGACGUAAAUGAAGAAAAUUCAUCUACAGUAUCUGAUAAUGGAGAAAGUUCACCUUUUAUAUUUGAUGAUGAAGAAAGUUCAUCUUUUAUAUCUGAUGAUGAAGAAAAACCAAGACGUAGACAUAGAAAACCAUUAUUUCUUGAUAAAUAUCAGGAUGAGAGCACAAUGCCAGAAAUAUAUCUCAAUCAUAAAUGUUAUGUAGCAAUUAAAAAAGGAGAUAUUCCAAAGGCACUCGACUUAAUUAAACUCGGUGCAUAUAAAAAUACAAAAGAUUUUGAAAAGGAUGAUAUCUUUAAAUAUGCCGUGAAACACUUUGAAUUACAAGAUUUUUGUAAGAUGCUUAUUGAUAAUGGAAUGACCCAAAUUGUUUAUAAUUCAAGCAAAACAUGUGUAAUGCUUUGUGCAAUUCAUGAUUGUUAUGAUCUUUUGGCUUAUUUGAUUAGUAAGAAUUAUGAUGUUCAUACAAAAGAAGAAUCAUCAAAUAGAACAGCAUUGCAUUAUGCGAGUAUGCAUGGAUUUGGUAAAAUCACUUCAACACUUUGUGAUUUAUCAGAUACUAUUGAAGAAAGAGAUUUCAAUGGAAACACACCAUUAUUUUUAGCAGUUCUAAAUUCAAAGCUGGAAUCAUUGAAAGUUCUAAUUGAAAAAAGUGCAAAUGUUAAUUGUAAAAAUAACAAGAACUUGACUCCAAUAAUUGUUGCUGGAUUAAAUGGAAACAUUGAAAUGUGCCAAUAUCUGUAUAACAAUGGUGCAUCUCUUAAUGAAUUGUAUACUUUUAUUAACGAAAAUCCAGAAGUAUAUACUGCUAAUGAAUUGUUUAAUUUUUCAAGGACUAUUGAACAAUUUAGUUUCAGUGAAAUUUCAAGUUUAACACCAUCUGUUCUACUUCAAAUGUUUGAGAAUGCAACUGAUGAUCAUGCAAAAAAGUUCAUUAGAGAUAAUGACAAAAAUAUUAUGCAUUAUGCAAUUAAAUUGCAAAAUCCUAAGUUGCUUCUAAAACUUUUGAAAUUUGGAGCUGAUCCUUUUAUUACUGAUGAAGAUGGAAACAACGUUCUAAUGAAAGCAUGUCAAUCUACCAAAUUUAAUGAGUUUAUUCAAGAAGUUUUGAACAAAGAUGAUUCAAAGAUUGAUGAUCAAAACAAGGAAGGAAUGACAGCACUUCAUUUUGCAACAAUUAGCGGAAAGAGAGAAAUUGUUGAUUUAUUACUUAAGCAUAGUGCCAAUGUUUCAUUACUUGGAAAACAUCAGUAUACACCACUGAUGUUUGCAUGCGAAGCUGGUGAUAAACAAAUUGUUAAAAUGCUUAUUUUAAGGAUGAGAAAGGAAGAAAUCAACCUAACAAAUGUGUAUCAUGAAACUGCUCUAUUCUUAGCAUGUUUGACAGAUAACCCAAUGAUUGUAAUACAUCUGAUAGAGAAUGGUGCUGAUGUUGAAAUUGCAAAUGAAAAUGGCGUAACACCCUUUAUGAUUAGUUGCACAUCAUCAAGCAAAUUCUUAUAUGGUUACUUGAGAAGAGUAGCUGAUAUUUAUAGGAAGGAUAAUAUGGGAAAUACGGCAUUAAAUUAUGCAUCAUAUGGAAAAAAUAAAAAAAUUAUUAAGAGUCUAAAGAAGAGGAUUGGCUUUAUGAAUCAUAAAGAAGUACUUCAACUCUCAAAACUUUAUGGUUUUGAAUUUGAGGAUGCACGACGAGGAUUACGGUUUUUUAAUCCUCCUUUUCGAAAAAAAAUUCUUUAUACUUUCGAAAUCUAA